UCUUAGGCUCUGAAGCCUGGACAAUUCCCAGGCCUCGGGUCGUCCCUGCCUAAGGCGGGUACAGAGGGAGCGCUAAGCCUAGGGGGUGGGAACCACCGUAGCUUUAAAGGGCGGUUCUCUGGGAGCUUCGGGGCACAGGGCGCAGCUGCCCGAGCGGGGUCCCCGGAAGCGGCAGUGGGUGCGCAUCCUUUCGGCUGGACCAGCGAAGGAGCGAUUGUUGGCCCCCUCCCGACCAAGGCACUGGGCCUGGAACUCCCCCACCACCACCCCGCGUCGCCAGCACGGAGAUGGCGCUGCACGUGAGGUGAUUGCGCCCAAGCCCCGAGGGUCCCAUCCCGGUUUCCCGCAUCUCUCCGGAGAGAUCAUGGAGCUCCCAGAGCCCGAGCUGAUCCGGCAGAGCUGGCAGGCGGUGAGCCGCAGCCCUCUGGAACAUGGCACUGUCCUGUUCUCCAGGCUCUUCACCCUGGAACCCAGCCUGCUGCCUCUCUUCCAGUACAAUGGCCGCCAGUUCUCCAGCCCUGAGGACUGUCUCUCCUCCCCAGAAUUCCUGGACCACAUUAGGAAGGUGAUGCUGGUAAUUGAUGCUGCAGUGACCAACGUGGAGGACCUGUCUUCACUGGAGGAGUACCUGGCCGGCUUGGGCAGGAAGCACCGGGCCGUGGGAGUGAGGCUCAGUUCCUUCUCGGUGGGUAGUGAGACCGUGGGCGAGUCGCUGCUCUACAUGCUGGAGAAUUGCCUGGGUCCUGACUUCACACCAGCCACAAAGGCUGCCUGGAGCCAACUCUACGGAGCUGUGGUGCAAGCCAUGAGCCGAGACUGGGAUAGGGAGUAAGCAAAGAGCCAAUGCCCUCACCUAGCUCUGUCUGUCUGUUGAUCUGUCUAUAGUAGCCUCAGCCCCUCCCCCAGGGCUGCCCUGUACCUUGGACCUCAUCCCCUUGGCCAUCCUAGAGAGGUGAUGGGAGAGGGCUCUGUCUCAGCUUCUGGUCAACUGCAGAGAGGUGGUUUUUCCUUCCAGAGGAGACUUUGGGCUCCUCUCAUCCCCAUAGAUGCCCCCCCCUGGUUAGCUCUCCCCA